AUGAACUUUUGCCCAUUCGCCGCCUGCUCUACAUCCGCAUCGGUAGAGAGCAUACAUACCUCGAGCGAAAUACUAGUCGCUGUUCCAAAUGCACUUAUUUCGGAAUCUGUGGACAUUUUCCACUUGCCCAGCCAGCGCAGAGUGCACACCGUGAACUCGGUACAUCAAAACGGCAUGGCGAUGAACCUUUCGCUGUUCUACAAAGACAGCAAACUUGUUCUUGUGGCUGGGUUUGAAAACGGCUGCACGUCCGUUCAUGUGCUGAACGAGGCGGAGCAAGCAUGGACCAUGACUUACCGAAACCAGACACAUUCGCAGCCGAUACUCUCCCUGGAUAUUCAGAUUGACUAUGAAUUUUACAUUGCAUCCUCGGCAGAUGCCUACAUAAGCAAACAUCCUAUCCCACUCACACCACAGACGGUGCUCUCCACGAAGGGCGAGGCUUUGACUUCGCCACAAAUUGGCCCGCUCCCAGCCGGCAGCUCAACAGAGCCUGCAGACACGUUUGCGCAAAUUUCCGCAAGUGACAAAAAUACGCAUACGUUUUCUCAAAAGGCUUGGGACGAGCCGAUCAGGGUGGUAAAUACUAGACACUCUGGCCAACAGAGCUUAGCUGUUCGGUCAGAUGGCAAGAUCUUUACUACAGCUGGCUGGGAUUCCAAUAUUCGAGUAUAUUCAUGCAAAACUGUAAAAGAGCUAGCUGUCUUGCAAUGGCACACUGUCGGUGUGUAUGCCGUCUCGUUUGCUGAGAUUCUCCCCGUACCAAAUGAACCAACAGCCGGUGAGACUUCUACGGACUCGGGCGAGAUAGUACGAGGUGGGCAAGAGCACUCGAGUGUCAGGGAGCGACGCCUGCAAAGGGUCAAGAAAGCACAUUGGCUUGCAGCCGGAGCGAAAGACGGAAAAGUUACCCUUUGGGAUAUAUACUAA